AAAUUUUUUCAAAGAAUUCCCUUGUUAGAAACAUAUAUUCUAAAUUCAACAUGAGUUUAUUUAAGUCUCUUAAAAUGCCCAGCACUCUCAGUCGACCCACUAUUGUGUUAAAGAGAUGCAGCCAGAAGCAUUGCAGCUCUGCGGUGGCCCUGAACAAGCUAUCGGCAGUGGCCCGAUUCGCAGCAUCCGCCAUAUCUAUACCAUCGGAGAUGGAGCCCUGCCAGAUAGUCCAGCAGCGCACUGUGGAUCGUGAGUACAUUAAGUCGAAACGGAACGAGUUCGAUCAGAGGCGGCUGCGACGAGAUCAGCACCAGCAGCAAUUGAAGCAAUUGAUGUGUACGCGUCCGGCAGAGAAUCGCAUGCCACGGCUUCCGUUUGUGAAGACCCCGCAAUACCCAUUGGGGUUUCCACUCGACAAUCGCUACGCUAGCGUGGAGUCUCUUUUGGCCAAGACUGCAGAUCCCAAGCAGCUGGCGCUUGAGGUUAUUGAGUUGGCCCGAGAAAUCGUAUUCGAGAAGGACAGACACGAGACUCUCAUGCGCUCCUACAAGCAACUGAAGGAUCAAGUGAAAAAAACUCAUUAAAAGCAGAAUGCAAAAUGUACAUACACCCAUCCAUCAUCCAUUACCUCGGGCGUGCGAGGGUGGAGCCCAAGGGGGCUUCGCUCGCUGUUUGGGUUUCUGUUGGAAAUGGAGCCUCGUUCUUCGUCUGUAGGAGUGAGGAAGUGGCUGGAUAGACCCAAAGUUCGUCAAACGUCAAUUAAUCUGUUGAGAAGUGGAGGGACUUUUUUCUGGACUUAACUGAUAUCGUUUUGAAUUUCAAAAUAUUUUGUUUGUCCAAAUUAAAAGCAAUACUUAUAAUAUAAUACAAAGCCUAUUAUUUCUUAAAUGCA